AUAAAUUAAUGAUAUAUUUAAUAGACAUUUUGUUUCUCUCUUUCUCUCACUCGUGCGAACGAUUUCUAAAGAGAAGAAGGAAGCGAGUGACGUCUCUGUCUCUACACUCUAGGUCUCUUUCCUCCUUCACCACCGCCGAUUAGCUGUAAUGGCGCCUAGAGGAAGGAGAAAGAAGGCUGGACUGACGAGAGCGGAUGCAGCACGAGAUGCCAUGAGAGCUUUUGGCUUUGCGGAGCGUCUUAUCAAUGUCUGCAUCAAGGAGUUGCUUGAGGUGUAUGGCGAGGGAGGGUGGUUUCUGAUCGAAGAGUGUAGUUACUCGGUGCUGUUACACAAGUGCCUUGAAAAGUCAGAUGAGCAAGACAAGAACUUGGCUGAAGAUGGGAUUGAAGAGAGGGCUGAGGAACAAAACCUUGAGAUGGCUGAUGCUGAAGAACAAGAACAAGAAGACAAUGAGAUGGUUGAGGCCGAACAAGACCAAAACCAAGAGAUGGUUGAGGCAGGACAGGACCAAAACGUGGAGAUGGUUGAGGCAGGAGGACAAGAACCAACGCCUCAGCUAGAAGAAAAACAAAAGGAACAAGAGCAGCAGGUUGAGGAUGGAAGAGGCGAUGUCGGUAGCAACUCAACAUCUCUGGUGGGAGGUGUUGCCGAGACAGGUGCAAAGACUUGUCAGACCGAAGCUUUAUCAACCACCAGCGAGACAGAUAUCUUGGACUCAUCAUCACCAGCAGGAGAAGCAUCAGUGAUAUAUAAUGCAUCACCAGCAGCAGAUGCAUCAGGAGGCUUUGCACAACGUCCUGCUGAAGGUGUCAAGAGUUCCGGAUGUGGAGGAUGGAUAAGUGAUUCGGAUGAGGAUGAGGAACCAGAUGCUGUUAGUGUUGGCGAUGAUGAUGAGAUCAUUCAGCUGACUCCAGAACCGCUCUGUGAAGAGCUUGAGGAGCUGGUCAAGGAACUACAGGGGGAGAAGAAGAAGAAGAGGACUAGGUGGGAAGACUAAGGAGCUCAAGAGAGAGUGAAAGAGAGUAAGGAGUCACGAGAGAGAGAGACUUAAGUAGUAUUGCAUGUAAAUAAAGGUUGAAUGACCCAUCGUUUCUUGAACACUCUGUGUGGGUCUUAUUGAGCUAUUUGUUUAAAACUUAAAUAUAAGUUUAUAAUUUAUGGUGAAAUAGUUAUUUGGCUUGAUUA